UUGACUCUAAUUUUUGAGGAUGCAAGAGCCUUCGUGGUAAGAGAGAUAUUCGAAACAGAGUCGUCGUACGUAGAAAGCUUGAACCUCCUUGUACACAAGUACCUUCGGCCGUUGAAACGACCUGAGUUAUGCACCUUAAUAGAGCCAGGACUGCUAAACUCAAUUUUCUUCCAAAUACCGGAAAUUUUAGGUCAUCAUGAACUGCUGUACUCCGCGCUCAAGGCACGCAUAGAGCGAUGGGACUAUCGUACCAAAGUCGGCGACAUUAUUCUGAACAGCUUUACGAAGCAGUCCAUGAUCGACACGUACACGGCGUUCAUCAACAACUGGCGAAAUGCUCGAAUGGCAAUUAGAUCGGCGUGUCACGCGAAGCCGGCGUUUGCCAAGUACUUGGAACGAUGUUCAAGGGAACACAAAAACAAGCUGACACUAGACGCUCUGUUGAUCAUGCCAGUUCAACGCGUUCCUCGUUACAAACUCCUCAUCAAGGAGCUGCUUAAACACACGUCUGUGGAGCAUGCCGACUACCCGCUCUUGCUACGGGCAGAAAAGGAGAUUCACGAACUGGCGACCAAAAUCGACCAGAUUCAGACCGAGGUCGGCAUGGCAGAGCAGAUGCAGCAACAGCUGCGUGAAAUAGAAGCCAUCGUGGAAGGACUUGAUGACCUCGUGGCCGCCAACCGCUCGUUCAACCGCUAUGACCUUACUCCAAACGGUACAAAGGAACGUUGCUUUUUCCUUUUCUCUGAUCUCCUGGUGAUCACCACGGUCAAACGACGGCACGCGUCGAACGCGCGCAAAGGAUACCAAAACUUUCUGGAGCAGCACAAGUUUAAGCUGCUCAUGAAAGUUUCCCUGGAAGAUCUCAACAUCAUUGAAAGUAAAGCUUGUCUGUUGGUACGAAUGGAAGAAGAUUUAAGGGUCCUUGGCAAAGUGUACGAACUCACUAUGCUGCUGAAGUCAGAACAUCAGGUAUAUUCACUAUAA